AUGAAGAUUCCAACUUCUCGAUUGAUAUACCAACGUUCCGUGGCUUCUAUCGGAGUUGUAAACAAUUUGAUAUUGAUUGUUUUGAUUGUUUUCAAAUCUCCAAAACAGUUGGGCUAUUAUAAAUAUCUGAUGUCUUACAUUUCUAUUUUUGAAAUUUUAUACUCUACUUUGGAUUUUGUAUCAGCCGCGGAAAUUUAUAGCAACGAUUCUCUAUUUGUGGUAAUACUCCACAAAAAUCUCGCAAUUCUUUCAGAUGGUUUGUUGAAAUAUGCCAAUCUUGCCUUCUGUAGCCUUUUCGGAAUGUCAAUGGUUAUUUUGGCUAUCCAUUUUGUUUACAGAUAUCUCAUUAUCCUUGGAAGCGGGUUUCUUCGAAAAAGACAUUUUCAAAAAGUUCUCUCUUUUAUUGGAUUCACAGUUAUCGUUGGAUUCCUCUGGGCUCUGUCAAUGUAUUGGUUUCUCAAUAACAAUGUCUACUCUGAUAUUGUAUUGAAGAAAGAUUACCUUGCUCCACGUCAUCUGAAUCUGUCGGAUAUCGAUUACGUUGGAGCACAUUUCUGGCAAAUUGACGGAAAUGGGGCAGAAUUUAUAAAUUGGAAAUCAAUCGGAGCCGUCGCAAUUAUGACAGUUAUUAUAUUCAUAAGUUUCUCUACCGUUUUCUAUUGUGGAUAUCAGAUCUACACUCGGAUGGAAAUAAUGUCUUCUAUCCAAUCUGCUGGAUCCAAAAAUCUUCAAUCCCAACUGUUUUGGGCACUAGUGUUUCAGACAUUAAUUCCAGUUCUCCUAAUGCACAUUCCUGCAUCAAUUGGCUUCAUCACAUCAAUGUUUAAUCAGACAAAUCAGUUUCUGGGAGAAGUGGUAACAUAUUCAAUAUUCAUGUAUCCUGCUCUUGACCCCUUGCCAAAUUUCUUUAUUAUUAAAAGUUUCCGACAAGCGAUUCUAGACUUCCUCGGGUGUCUGAGGAAAGGAAUAGCUCCUGCGAACAGCAAAAACACAAACUCUCAAAAACAGAAUAGUGCACAAGUGGAUCAGAAUUAA